CAAACUGUUGCUAUGUCCUCAACAGCUAACAGCGCUUCAGUGUAUGGUGGGGAUGAGAUCAACGCCAUAGUGCUAGAUCCAGGCUCGUACCAUACGCGGAUUGGGUACGCUGGAGAUGAUUUCCCUAAGGUUAUAACUUCCUCCUACUACGCUUCUGCGUCGAAUGAGCCAAUGGAAGCCGAGAAGGAAGACUCCAAAAUUGGUAGCAAGUCAACCAAGAGGAUUUUUGGAGAUGCCAUCGAUGUUCCUCGGUCGAAUUACAACGUUCAUCCCAUACUCAAAGAUUCAGUAAUUGUUGACUGGGAUGCUGCUUUGGACCAAUACCACCAUUUCUUCAAGAAUGUAAUGAACGUCACGUAUGAAGAGCAGCCAGUGUUGAUCACAGAGCCCGUAUGGGCAGAGCCAAAGUAUCGUCAGACUUUGGUGGAGAAUUUCUUUGAAUACUACGAUUUCCCAGCAUUAUAUUUGGCCAAGGCUCCAUCUUGUGUCUCUUUCCAACAGGGUAGACCGAACUGUUUGGUGGUGGAUAUUGGCCAUGACUCUGUGAGUGUGACCCCUGUCAUUGAUGGUAUAUGCAUGAUGAAGAAUACCAUGCGAACGCAUUAUGCUGGUCAGUUUUUGGUGGAUCAAGUCCAAGACCAUCUAGCCAAGUACAAAGAUUUAUCUGUAGAGGGUACUUACAAAAUCAAGUCAAAGACACCUACAGUAUACCCUGAAAAUGCAGAGUUCACCACAAGAACGCUUCCUGAAGAUAUCACGGCGUCGUAUGAUGAGUACCAGAAACUGAAAAUCUGGCACGAGUUCAGAGAAACUAUGCUAGAGGUCCCAGAGCGCAAACUAGCCAAUAACAACAUGCAGCAGCUGGCCACCAUGAAGGAGUUCUACACUCUGGAUGCCAAUACCAGAUUGUUUGAAUUCCCUACUGGACAGUCGUUACUGUUGAACUAUGAUAGGUUUGUGUUUGCGGAUUCGAUCUUUGAUCCUUCUAUCUAUAAAUUUGCCAACCAAGAGUUGACCAGCAAGUAUCCCCCCAACAACGGAGUUCUUUCGAUUAAGAGUAAGUAUGACGACUACAGACCACUAAAGAGAGUGCGCAAGGCAGAGUCUAACCAGUCCACGCCUCCGCCGGGUGACAGUCCUACCAAGCCCAGCAAGAACGGCAAGCACGAAGUCCGAGGCUUGUCGCAGUUGAUCACUCAUACGUUGUCAACCAUUGACAUUGAUCUACGCACCUCAGUCGCACACAACAUUAUUGUGACUGGUGGGGUUUCGUUGGUGCCUCAAUUGACGGAAAGAUUGUACAACGAGUUGACCAACACCAAUCCAGGGCUCAAAAUCAGGUUACACGCUGUGGGAAAUUCAACAGAAAGGUUGAACCAGGCAUGGAUCGGAGGCAGCGUUCUAGCAUCGUUGGGAACGUUCCACCAGAUGUGGGUCAGCAAACAUGAGUACGAAGAGGCAGGGGCUGAAAGAAUCUUGAACCAGAGAUUUAGAUGAACUGUAUGUAUAGUAGAUGUAAAAUCAAUUUAAAAGUACCUUU